CGGACGAGCAAGCAGCAUGUCGUUGGCGUUCCUGGCAAAGAAGAGCUGGCAUACGUCCAACCUCAAGAACGUCGAGAAGGUUUGGAAGGCCGAGCAGAAGCAUGCGCAGGAAGAGAACAAGCUCCUCGAACUGCGCAAGAACCUCGAAGAGGAGCGCCAACUCAAGGAGCUCCGUGAGAUGCAAGCCAAGAUGUCGGGCGGCAAGGUGGAUCAAACGCAGCGCGUCGACUGGAUGUACGAGGGGCCGAUGGCGGCGUCGCAGACCGAGCGAACGGCCGAAGACUACUUGCUCGGGAAGGAAUACACGCCCGCGCCCGAAGAGAACCAGCUCAAGCAGCUCGCAGCGCAACCAGGCUCGCUGUACAUGAGCGCCGCGCCAUCGGCCGUGAACGACACGUUCUCGCGCCUCAACGAAGACCCAAUGAUGAUGAUCAAGCGCCAGCAAAAAGCCGCGCAGCUCGCAGUGCUCAAGAACCCGGCCAAGAUGAAGCACCUCAAGGACAAGGUCGAGCAAGAGCUCUCGGAGCGCAAGGCUGCUAAGAAGGCCAAGAAGGAAGCCAAGAAGGCCAAGAAGGAAAAAAAGAGGGCCAAAGACUCCUCGCCGCCGCGCGCGGCGAGCCGCGAGAAAACGAGCAGCGGUCUCGCCCGCGAGCACCGCGCUGCGCAGCGCUCGAUGAGCCCCAUCCGGCAUCGAAACGAACGCUCUCGAAGCCCUCGUCGCCGUAGUCCAUCAAAGGAUCGUCGUCGUUCGCACAAGCGCUCGUUGAGCCCACGGCGACGGAGCCCGUCGCUCGACCGGCGGCAAAGCCCCUCGAGAAGCAAGCGCCGCCGUUCGCGAAGCCCAAGUUUGCGGCGAAAGCGCAGCUCAAGCCCGCGGCGUCACCGACGCUCUCCGAGCCCGCGCCGACGCUCUCCCAGCCCGCGCCGUCGGUCACCGAGUCCGCGCCGCCAUCAUCGGUCGCCGAGCCCUCGCCGCGGUCGUCGCUCACCAAGUCCACGUCGCGGUCGUCGUUCGCCGAGCCCUCGCCGUCGGUCUCCUAGCCCGCCGUCGACCAAGGCCGCAGUGACGGAAUCGCCGGCCAAGGAACCUACCAAGGCGCAGCCACCCCCGCGCAAGGGCUACGGUCUUAUUGGCGGUGAAAACGCGCGCAAGUGCAAGGACGUUGACACGGAGAGCUUGGGCCCGAGCCGCAAGCUACUCGAGCUCGCGCGCCAAAAGAAGGAACAAGAGGCAGCCGCACUCGACGAGCGACUGAAGCGCGCGCGCGUGAUGACGCAAACCGAUGCGUCGGACCGCGAAGCGCGUCUGCGGGAGAUGGCCGAGGACGCCCAACGCCGCGAAGUCAUCUUGGAAGAGCGGUUGCGCGCCAAAGAGGCGGCCAAGGCCAAAGAGGAUGCGUUGCCGCAGGAAUCGGCCCACGGCUCGAACCCGACGUUCCUCCAAGAGCUCAACCACGCGGCGUAUAUUGGCUCGAACGAAACGAUGAGCGAACGCUUGAACCGCAACAAGCAUUACAUCCAGCGCAAUGCCAACAGCAACAACUUUAUGAAGUAAAAGAAUCAAACGCUUCUUCCAUCCAA